GAGGGGGAAAAUGACAGCGCUGAUCCCACGUUACCCGCCGAAACUCCGAGUGUGUGGGUGUGGCGGCGUGGCGCUUCAAUUCACGAACUCGUGGAAGUGGAAUUGGGAAAAGCGUGAAAUUUUCGAUUAAUUGGAGGGAAAAAGGAAAAAUGUCAAGACGCGAUGUACCUGAUUCUGAUCCAGAUGACGAUGGCUCAGCUUCAAGCUCCGGCGAGGAAGAGGAAGAGGCGGAAGAAACCACCGUUGCCGCGACCGCAAAGACGGUUUCGGAGUACGAGAAGCAGAGGCUAUCGAGAAUAGCGGAGAAUAACGCAAAGCUGGAGGCACUAGGUCUGCAUAAAAUGCUCAAAGAAGAAGAACUAGAUGAUCAUGAUGAUGAUGAUGAUGAGUAUAUCCCCGAUGAUGAUGCAGAAGAACCAGUAUCAGAUUCUUCGGACGAUAAAGAUGAAGAAUUUGUGAUCGGAAAUGCUUCUGGAUCGCGCAAAAGGAAGGUGAAGGACAAAGGUUUAAAAAUGAAAGCUAAAGUGUCUGGGAAGAAGCAUUGUAAUAGGAAUUCAGAGUACGUUGAUGGUGAUGAUGAAGAUGAAGCUUUGAGGCAGGUAAUUUUGAUUUGGUUUAGCGUUUUCGAUAAACAUUCCUCUUUCAAACAUGUAGUGAAGAACAUUACUAAGUCUGAGAAAAAGAGGAAUAUUCAAAAUCAAGAGGAUAAAGAAAGAAAGAAGAACAAGAAAUCGUUUGCUAGUAGACUGCAAAUGACUGAAGAUGAACUCAUUGUACACUUCUUCCAGCUUGAUGAAGCAGGAAAAGGAACUGUAUCAAUGAGAGAUCUACAAAGAGCAGCCAUAGCUCAUGAUUUCUCUUGGACUGACAAAGAAUUGGUCGAUAUGAUUCGUUGCUUUGAUAGUGAUGGAGAUGGAAGGAUAACCCUUGACGAUUUCCGGAAGAUUGCUGUUCGAUGCAACUUGAUUAGAGAGUCUUAAUUUUGUCAUAUAGCAAUUCACAGAUUACUGUAUAAAUUUGCCAUCACUAGAGAGACUCUGAAUGUAUUGAUUUCGUGCGGAGUCACACAUAAUGACGUUACUCUCCAUCUAAUAGCAAUUGUCAGUGAUGAAAUUGACAUAUUUCAAAUUCUAUGUAUUUGAAAAUUAUGUAUAUAGUUAUCUAACUAUAUUAACUUUUAAAUAUUCUAAUUUUGUUAACUUGACAGCUGUGGGUAAAGUAGCAUCUAAUUUGGUCUAGUCACUAGUGGCUAGUAUAUUAGUUUAGAAUCACAAUACCACUUGCUCAUUUUUCUUUUUCCUUAUUUUUGUGAAAACCAAAAAUAGUAUCACAGAAAUGGCAAACCUAAAUAAAAUU